AUGCAUUUGCUACAAUUAUUUUUUCUAGGUCUAGCUCUAUUGACCACUAGAGUGUUUGCCGAUGAUCCAGCUAUCACUGAGAAGGUCUUUCUAGAUGUGAUGCAUGGUGAUAAAGAGAUUGGUCGUAUUGAAAUUGGUUUAUUUGGUGAUACUGUCCCAAAAACUACUCAAAACUUCUACGAAUUGGUUGUGUCCCAGGACCCUAAGAUGGGAUACUUGAAUUCCAUUUUCCACAGAGUGAUACCAAAAUUUAUGAUUCAAGGUGGUGAUUUUACUCAUGGUAGUGGUAUUGGUGGUAAAUCCAUCUGGGGUGAAACCUUCCCUGACGAGAAUUUUGACAUUAAGCACGAUAAACCAGGUCGUGUUUCUAUGGCCAACAGAGGUAAGGAUACCAAUGGUUCUCAGUUUUUUAUCACCACCGUACCAACUCCUUGGUUAGACGGUCACCAUGUUGUGUUUGGACAGGUUCUCAAGGGUAUGAAGGUGGUUAAGUAUAUCGAACAGGUCGCUACAAAUUCAAUGAAUGCUCCUAAGGAACCAAUAAAGAUCUUUAACUGCGGUGAAUUGGAAACUGUCCCACCUGACGGAUACCCAAAGAACUACGCAACUUUCCACGACGAGUUCUAA